UCACCCCCAGGCCGACCGUCGCGGCCCCCACAGCCUCUGACUCCUGGUGAUUUUCACAAGUUCCAUGCAACCCUUAGGAUUAGAGAAGGCCUCUGGUUUUGCCCUUUUCUUGGCGGAGGCCUCAUGGUUGGCGGGAGGAGGAGGAGGUCGCCCUAGAAAUCAACCGGCUGGGGGAGUGGGAGUCUGGGCCCUAAGCGCGCGCCCAGGCCGGGCGUGUGAGCGCGCGCGUCCUGGGGCAGGUUGAGCGUCCUUUCCUCCACGGCUCCCGGGGCCGCCCUCAGUCACGUGGCCCGCGGGGCCCGACAGGUAACUCGCCCGGAGAGGGCUGGGGCUGGUAGCUGCCCCGCCUCGCCGGGCGCCGCGGGCGGGUCUCAGCAGCGCCCACUGCGCCAGCCGGGCCGCAGGUGCCGCCUCCGACACACCGUUCCCCGCCCAAGCUGAUCCGCCACGGCCGUCGGUCGGUGCGUGCGUGCGCCUCGUCGGUCCGCGUGUGUGUGGCGGAGCGCCCCCCUCCUCUGCGGCCAUGACUUCGCCGCCACCCCAGCCACCGCCCCCGGGAUCGAACCCUGCCCCAGACUCUGCCGCCGACCCCCACCCAGAGCCUGGACCUCUGGUCGUACUGUUCGGGGCCACAGCCGGUGCACUGGGGCCGGAUCUGGGCUCCGACGAGACCGACUUAAUCCUGCUAGUGUGGCAAGUGGUGGAGCCGCGGAGCCGACAGGUGGGGACGCUGCACAAGUCACUGAUUCGCGCCGAGGCGGCUGCACUGAGCCCUCAGUGCCGCGAGGCGAGUGGCCUGAGCGCCGACAGCCUGGCGCGGGCCGAACCGCUGGACAAGGUGCUGCAGCAGUUCUCACAGCUGGUGAGCGGGGACAUAGCUCUGCUGGGUGGGGGCCCCUACGUGCUCUGCACUGAUGGGCAGCAGCUACUGAGACAGGUCCUGCACCCUGAGGCCUCCAGGAAGAACCUGGUGCUCCCCGACACCUUCUUCUCCUUCUACGACCUCCGCAGAGAGUUCCAUGUGCAGCGCCCAAGCACCCGCCUUGCCAGGGACCUCACCGUGGCCACCAUGGCACAGGAACUGGGGCUAGAGACAGAUGCCACAGAGGAUGACUUUGGGGUCUGGGAAGUGAAGACAAUGGUAGCUGUCAUCCUCCACCUGCUCGAAGGGCCCAGUGGUGAAUUGUUUUCGAAGCCCGAGGUGAUAAAGCAAAAAUAUGAGACAGGACCUUGCAGCAAGGCCGAUGUGGUGGACAGUGAGACUGUGGUUCGUGCCCGUGGGCUGCCCUGGCAGUCAUCAGACCAGGACGUGGCUCGCUUCUUCAAAGGGCUCAACAUUGCCAGGGGUGGUGUAGCACUCUGCCUCAAUGCCCAGGGCCGCAGAAAUGGCGAGGCCCUCAUCCGCUUUGAGGACAGCGAGCAGCGGGACCUAGCGUUGCAGAGACACAAGCACCACAUGGGUGUCCGCUAUAUCGAGGUAUAUAAAGCAACAGGAGAGGAGUUUGUAAAGAUCGCAGGGGGCACAUCACUAGAGGUGGCUCGUUUCCUGUCAAGGGAAGACCAAGUGAUCCUGCGGCUUCGAGGACUGCCCUUCUCUGCUGGGCCAACAGAUGUGUUAGACUUCCUGGGCCCAGAGUGCCCAGUGACUGGGGGUGCUGAUGGGCUGCUCUUUGUACGCCACCCUGACGGCCGGCCCACAGGUGAUGCCUUUGCACUCUUUGCCUGUGAGGAGCUGGCACAGGCUGCCCUGCGCAGGCACAAGGGCAUGCUGGGUAAGCGAUACAUUGAACUCUUCCGGAGCACUGCAGCCGAGGUGCAGCAGGUCUUGAACCGCUAUGCAUCCAGCCCACUCCUUCCCACGCUGACUGCUCCACUGCUGCCCAUUCCCUUCCCACUGGCAGCUGGGACUGGGAGAGACUGUGUGCGUCUUCGAGGCCUGCCCUACACAGCCACCAUCGAAGACAUCCUGAGCUUUCUCGGGGAGGCAGCAGCUGACAUCCGGCCCCACGGUGUGCACAUGGUGCUCAACCAGCAGGGUCGGCCAUCGGGCGAUGCCUUCAUCCAGAUGACGUCAGCAGAGCGGGCCUUAGCUACUGCUCAGCGGUGCCAUAAAAAAGUGAUGAAGGAACGCUACGUGGAAGUGGUCCCCUGCUCCACAGAAGAGAUGAGCCGUGUGCUAAUGGGGGGCACUCUGGGCCGCAGUGGCAUGUCCCCUCCACCCUGCAAGCUGCCCUGCCUCUCACCGCCAGCCUAUGCCACCUUCCAGGCCACCCCAACACUCAUUCCCACUGAGACAGCAGCUCUCUAUCCCUCUUCGGCACUGCUCCCGGCUGCCAGGGUGCCUGCUGCCGCCACCCCUGUUGCCUACUACCCAGGGCCAGCCACUCAACUCUACAUGAACUACACAGCUUACUACCCCAGCCCCCCCGUCUCCCCCACCACUAUGGGCUACCUCACCACGCCCUCUGCUGCCCUGGCCUCUGCUCCUACCUCAGUGUUGUCCCAGCCAGGUGCCCUGGUCCGUAUGCAGGGUGUCCCAUACACAGCUGGUAUGAAGGAUCUGCUCAGCGUCUUUCAGGCCUACCAGCUAGUCCCUGACGACUACACCAGUCUGAUGCCUGUUGGGGACCCGUCUCGAACUGUGCUACAGGCCCCCAAAGAAUGGAGAAGCAGUGCCCUCAACCUGGUAGCUUCUUGCUGAAAGCACUCAGAGGAGCUCAUGCCCCAGCUCUGUCCCCCACUUACUGUUCUGCUGUUCACCCCAAAGAUGAUUGCUGUACCCUGCAUGCAGGGCUUGGGGUAGAAUGGUGCUACCCUGCUCCCGAUGGCCUAACCUGGGCCUCUUGAGGAGCACCCAGAGAGCCUUUGGUCAGUCCUAGAUAUGGCCCACACCCACAGAUGCUAUGGAGCUGACAUCCACAGCAGGUCUGACUUUUUAAAAAUGUAAGCCCUGGUGCCUUCAACGUAUGACUCCUGAGAGAUUCUAAGUAAAGGUCCCAAUGGUGGGGGAGCAGAGAAAAAGAAAGCACUGGCUCCAGCCCCCAAGAUACGUGGACCUCAGUGGCCACAUUGUACCAGAGGUGGUCGCACCUAAGGGUGGUGGCCCCUCCAGCUCUGCACAAGGAGUAUCAGAUGCCAAAACCACAGGCUGUUUUGAUGGACUGUACUGCAGUACCCCCAAAGAACACUAGGGGGCAGGAGGCCCUCACACAAAAACUCAGGCUUGACUUUUAAAGGGGACUUUCUGCCUACUUUUUGUGCAUACCUUGGGCAGGCCAGUUGUCCUGAAUUCAGCAGACACCAUGGACUGUCCUUUGCACCCAUUAGAGGGUGCAGAACUGAAGCGUCAGAAGGGACUUGGAACUCUACGCUCUCCAUGAAAUAUAUAAAGGUUCCUGACCACACGGACUUUUUAA